GAAGACACAAACAAAAUGGUAGCUGUCAUCUAGUGCUAAGAACGGAUGUCACCCAAAUAAAGAUUAUCAUAAGGGAGUUUUAGACUAUCCGCUUAGAAUAAUUCGUGCGACGAUGAACACCGAAUAAUACAAAAACUAUUUUGCACGAUGAUUGUUCAGGAGCCCGUUCAGGCCGCUAUCUGGCAUUGCUUGAACCAUUACGACUACCAAGACGCCCUCUUCCUCUCUGAACGACUCUACGCUGAAGUGAAAAAUGACGAUAGUCUGUUCCUCUUGGCCACUGUUUAUCACAGAAGCGGCCGGACUGCUUUCGCUUAUGACUUGUUAAAAGAUAAAAUUGGAUCCUCUGCGCAGUGCCAGUAUUUGUUCGGGCUGUGCGCUUUCAACUUGGAAAAGUUCGCUGAAGCGGAAUCUGCCAUAACAGACAACGACGAUCUGACGACCAAAUCGCUGGACGACAUCGCGAAAGAGUUCGGCGACCAGGCUGCGUUCGUGCUGCUCCUGCUCGGCAACAUCGCCGCGAAAACCGAACGAAAAACUCGGGCGAUCGAGGUCUGGAAGAAGGCGUUGAAAAUCAACCCGUUCCUGUUCUCCGCGUUCGAAAACCUGUGCAAGAUCGGAGCUCAACCGAACCCCACGGUCGCCUUUCAGCUAUCGAACGUAGAAAAUUUAUCGGCGUGUCACGGCCACUCGAUUAGCAACGUCGAGAGUGUCAUCAUCACGACGGCCGCGACGCCGAAUGAUGCUGUCAAGAACAAGCAUGACCUGUUCAUCACGCCGCAACAGAUUCUGAGCGACUUCAAUCCUAACCUCAACAAGAACCAGCGCUCUGCGGCGACGCCGGAGGAGAGCCCCCUCGCGAACCCCCUGUGCAUGUCGGGCCUGUUACCGUUGCCGCCCACGCGGCACAAGAACCUGCGUCUGCACCGUGACGUCAACGUGUCGAGUCCGCAACCGCUUUUCGGUCAGCUGUUCGAUACAGGCGAGUACAACGGCACGCCGAACAUGCCUCCGCCCACGCUCACCGAGACGUACAACCACCACCUGUUGGGUAAGAGGGCGCGCGCGCCGCACUCCGAACAGGCGCUGAUUGCGGCGCGCAACAACAAGGACCCGUCGAUUUUGCAAAACUGCAAGCCCGUAUUCAGUCAGUCGUCGAAUGUGCCGGCCAGUAGGAUGCUGUCGAGUCCGUUGUCGGUGCAGACCGCGCAGAACGUGCGGCGCAGCUCACGCCUCUUUAGCAACUCGUACUCGGUGAAGGAGAACAACAAAUCGCCGACGCGGACCAAAUUCGCGACGCCCAAGUCGCCGUCGCGCAAGACAAAACAACGCGCGGCGAAGAACAAAACGAACGAGAUCAACGCGCGCAACAACACGAAGAAUUUGGAGGGUGCGAAGAGCGAGACGAUGACGUCGUACGAGACGAGGAGCGCAGAAAAAAGCGACUGCUUGCAACAGGUGAUCGCGUUGCAACGUCAGAGCGCGGAAGGCCUGAUGGCGCUGCUGCGCGACAUCGGCCGCGCCUACCUCGAACUGUCGAUGUACAAUUGCCGGGAGGCGAUCGAGAAGUUCUCCGCGCUCCCCGCCCACCAGCUCAACACCGCGUGGGUGUACAAUUUGCUGGGUCUCGCCCACUUCGAGCAGAACGACUACGAGGCGAGCAUCAGGUAUUUCGAGACGGUGCACGCGCAGGAACCGCGUCGCCUCGAGCACAUGGACGUCUACUCGACCGCGUUGUGGCACCUGCAGCGCGAGGUGGCGCUGUCCGCGCUCGCGCAAGACCUCGUCGCCGUCGACAAGAACGACCCGGUCACGUGGUGCGUGAACGGCAACUGUUUCUCGCUGCACAAGGAGCACGACACCGCGAUACGGUUCUUCCAGCGCGCCGUUCAGGUGGAUCCGACAUUUUCCUACGCUUACACCCUGCUCGGACACGAGUACAUCGCUACCGAGGAGCUGGACAAGGCGAUGGGCUGUUUCCGCAACGCGGUCCGGCUGAACCCGCGUCAUUACAACGCGUGGUUCGGCAUCGGCACGAUCUACUCGAAACAGGAACGCUACAACCUCGCCGAGCUCAACUACACGAAGGCGUUGUCGAUAAACCCGCGCAGCGCCGUCAUCCUCUGUCACAUCGGUAUAGUGCAGCACGCGCUCAAGCAAACCGAGAGGGCGCUCGCGACAUUCGACAAGGCGAUCGAGGCGAACCCCAGGUCGCCUCUGUGCAAGUUCCACCGCGGCUCUAUUUAUUUCGCGCUCGGAAUGCACGUCGAGGCGCUUCAGGAGCUCGAGGAGCUGAAGGAGAUCGUGCCCAAGGAGUCGUCGGUGUACUACCUUAUAGGUAAAGUGCACAAGAAGCUAGGCAACACUGACCUCGCACUCCAGCACUUCAGCUGGGCGACCGACCUAGACCCGAAGGGAGCGAGCAGUCAGAUCAAGGAGGCGUUCGACCCGUCAGCAAGCGCGAACGCGUCCGAGAUAGCGGAGAGUCCGUCGUCGCCAGCGCCUGACGACUACCCGUCGGAGGGCAACGCGCAGCAACAACAGCAACAGCAAGACGAUGCGCUCAGCUUCGAGGCGCUGCCCGACGACGGCGAGGACAAUUCGUUCGAGCAGUAGGGGGCGGGGCUAACCUUUUUGUUUUACCUCUUCUAGUCGCGCGCGAGCGCCCUCGACGGGGGAGGAGCGCGUCGCUUUUUGCUCCCCCCAAGACAAUAAAUGUUUCAGAAACGCCUCGCCAGCGCCCUCUCUCGAUGUGAACUCACAACCCGUAGCAGUUUAGACAUUGUGUAAUUUAUAUUGGACCUUUAUUCCAUUUUGGCACCGAAUUUUUAAGGCGAUCUUUUUUUUUUCUUUUGGAGACCUAUCCCGAAUGAAGUACGCCGUUUUUGUAACGUCCGGUCUCGAGUCGCGUCCCGCGGAUCCUCGGCCACCACCGUGCAAUACGACUACGGGAACUUUUUUUUUUUUUAAACCCCCCCCGGGCGGGGAUCGGCGCGCGAGACCGGAGCAUCCCUAGUUGUUUUCUUUUUUUUAUUUUGACGGUGUAAAUAAAGCCAGUUAUCAAGUGAACUUGUCGUUUUCCUUCGCGCGCGGUUCCUUUGAACUACAAACUACAAGGAUCCAAAUUUGUUAUAUGCCUUGUGAUAAAGU